UCCAAUAUUAUGGGAAGGGGGAGUACGUAUUUUUCAGCCCUAAAUAAGUUGUGGUCAUCAAUCACACUGAGAGUGAGAGAGGCAGCGCGAACCGUAGCUCCCUCCCCCAGCUAUCGGCGGCUCCGGCAACGAACGACAAGAGCAGGAUAACUGGAACUACUUGGUGUGGUUUGGGGGGGUUUAAAGCGUCACAGAACUGCAAAAUGGCGGGGCGUGUAACAUGGGAUGAGGCUAAUAUUGGGGAGAUUGAAGCAAAUAAACCUGUGAGGCAGAAAAUCACUGAACCCAAGACACCAUAUCACCACCCAAAUAGUGUGGAUGAUGAUGAUGGAUCUCUUUCUCCUAUAAGAGGUAGUUUUGAGGAUUGCAUUGAUUCCAUGCAUGCAGAAGCAAUAUCUUCUGCUUUGAAUGGUGUAUCUUCCUCUAGCGGGCAAAACUCCCAGCAAUCUGGUGGCUGGACAUCAUCUGAUGACGAAGCAGAUCUUACGGAUCAAGAUGGUCAAGGUAAGAAUGGCACAAGGUUUAGGGAGCUCAGGCGAGCUCAUUACGAUGAAUUCCGAAAAGUGAAACAACUCCGGCGAGAAGGUUCCUCGCUCGAAGAUGCAUCUUCGGAUGAGGAUGAUGUGAAAAACAAUGGGAAGAUCAACUCGCCAUCGUCAUUAACAGCUGGUGUGAAAGUUACAGAAGUCGAGGCCAUUGAAAAUGUUUCUCAUCCUCUGCCUAAUGGAAGUUAGAAUCGGAUGUCCAAGUCCAAACAAUAUACUACGAAAGAAAUUGUUGGUUUUAUGCCAUUCAUUCAAUUUCGUUCAGUCUGUAUCUUCCUGAUGCAAUUUCCCUUGUAAACUGACAUUUCAUUCUAUGUGUGGAUCUACAUACAGUCGUGUACUGAAUUCCUCAUAUGCACAGGGAAAAUUGGGUCC